AUGGAGACCUUCCAGCUGAAGAACCUGAACCCUGCGCAGCUGUUUCAGCUGUUGUUCCUCACCGUGCUGGAGCUGGCAGAGCGCUUCCAGAUCAACCUGAGGGGGCGGCCGCGUGUUUUCAUGCGGGAAGAACCUGAUGAGGAAAACCCACCAGAAGCUGUCCAGCCACCACCGGUGCCAGCUCAUGGGCCAGUACGUGCUCGCAGAUGCCAGAGUGCCUGCCGCUUCUGCGUGCAAGGCUGCGACCGAACGAAGCCCUACCACAAGCAUCAUGCUUGCCAAGGACAUGCCCACCUGAGGCAAAGACUGCGACGCAUGUUGCAGGAAGAACAGCUGAACUGCCAGAGCGUUCUCUGUACUUGGUUGUUGUCAAUGUUUGCAUGGGGACACUUUAGCGUGCAACGAGUACAAAAGAUCAGUGCUUUGGUUAUGAAAGAUUUGAAGAGUGCUGAGACUUCUGAAACAAUCUGGAAUGACUUGGAGACAUUAUCCAAGUUAGGAACUGAAGGUCUGUACGCGAACAAGAUGCACACGGAGCUCAUGGGCAAAUGCAAAGGCUUGUCUAACCUACCGGAGCCUUACCCAGUGGAUAUCCAAUAUGCUCCGCCUUUGGGCAUGCAGAAACAGACUUUUGUGAUCUCCCGAGCUCAAGCCAUGGACGUGCUUUGCGACCGCGAUGAGUCCCCGUGGUUCAGGGUCCUUUCAGGAAUGGUGCACAAGUUUUACAAUGGCUGUCCAUGGCAACGAAAGGAGGACCAUUCCGCAGGGUUCCACGAACGUUCUCGCUUUCAGUGGGGAAGUUGGGAAAUCAAGACCAUGAAUGGCCUUGUGGUUCCUCGAUGGGAUCUUUGGAUGUCGAACCGUGGCAAAGCUCGAGACUUUUUCGAAAGUUGGCUACAUGUGCAGAUGCGAGACUCUCCAGGCAGCGACCUCACCUACCAAGUAUUGGUCUUCUUGGAUCGGCUCUUCAUGGCAGGCUUGAAGCUAUAUGGUGAAGACCACCGAGAUGUCUUUGAAAAUCCUGAAGACUUCUUUGUGCGAAUGCUGCGACAUGAAGGGUACCGUGUCGAAGAUCAGAAAAUAUGGCUUGUUGACGAGAGCAGCGGCUGGUGGGAGGAGAAAAAGCCAUGUGGUCUAAAUUUGAAGGAAGCGUUUGACUUGUUGCACGAUGUGAAACUAAAAGACAUCAUGCAGCAGUGGGUUGAACCCAAUGCUCCUUCUUUGCAAUGGCAAUAA